GUGACUGCGGCUAGCGGCUUGCAGCUCAGUAAGUGAACGGCCACGAGCGUGUAAAGAUGAGGCCGACAGGGCUGUAUUGCACAGUCCUAGUGUUGUGGGCGUGGGCCCCUCAGGGCCGUACCGAGGUUUUGACUCCCCCUUAUUUCAAUCUGGCGGAGGGGCGCCGCGUGACGGCGACGGCAACCUGUGGUGAGGGGGUCGAGGGCCCUGAGCUCUUUUGUAAACUUAUCGGCGUCAAUACAGACUUUCUUAACCAACACGACAAUCUUCUGAUUCAGGGACAGGUGUGCGAUCAUUGCGACCCCACUAGACCGGACAAGGCACAUCCCCCGGAGUAUGCUGUCGACGGCACCGAGACGUGGUGGCAGAGCCCCCCGCUAUCCAGAGGCAGCAAGUACAAUGAAGUCAACCUCACCAUCGAUCUUGGACAGGAAUUCCAUGUGGCCUACGUGUAUGUCAGGAUGGCCAACUCUCCAAGGCCCGGAGUAUGGGUGCUUGAGAAAUCUGCAGACAAUGGACUCACAUAUGAGCCUUGGCAGUACUUUGCUGAGAACAAGGCGGACUGUGUGAGAUUCUUUGGUGUGGAAAGUCUACAACCCAUAACUGAAGACACAUCUGUCAUCUGUGAUACUCAACACUCUAAAAUUGUCCCUCUGGAAAAUGGAGAGAUUGUAGUGUCACUCCUUUUCAACCGUCCUUCGGCUAAUGAUUUCUUCAACUCAUCGUCGCUUCAGGAAUGGACAAGAGCCACCAAUGUCAGGUUCCGUUUCCUUAGGACCAAGAAUCUGCUGGGACAUCUCAUGGCAGUGGAGCGUCAAGACCCUAGUGUUACAAGACGAUACUUCUAUUCGAUCAAAGAUAUCAGCAUUGGUGGGCGAUGUCGGUGCAAUGGUCACGCCGACUUGUGUGACAUCACAGAUCCAAAUGAUUCGUACAAGCUACUGUGUCGCUGUCAGCACCAUACUUGUGGCCCUAACUGUGAGAAGUGCUGUCCUGGAUUUGAGCAGAAGGCAUGGAGCCAGUCUAAACACAACAAACUGUUUGUCUGUGAACCGUGCAAUUGUUUCGGCCACUCAGACCAAUGUGAGUACAGUGAGACAAUAGACCAACAGAGACUAUCACUGGACAUUCACGGCGAAUACGAGGGUGGUGGAGUUUGCCAAAACUGUAGAGAUCACACACGAGGUAUCAACUGUAACCAGUGUGAGGACGGAUAUUACAGACCUGAGGGAUAUCUGUGGAACCAGACAGAUGUUUGCCAACCAUGCCAGUGUAAUGACCACCGCUUCACCGGAAACUGCGCUGAAGGCUCAGGUGCAUGUGAAUGUCGCCAAGAGUAUUCUCCACCGCUCUGUGAUAGCUGCAGCUACGGCUACUUUGGCUACCCGCAGUGUCGGCCCUGUGAGUGUUUCCUCAACGGCACUCGAGGCUACCACUGUGAGGCGACAGGAGGACAAUGUCCGUGCAAGCCAAACUAUGGUGGCAAGCUGUGUCGUGAGUGCAGCCCAGGCUACUACGGGUUUCCUGAAUGUCUGCCUUGUGAAUGCAACCCUCUUGGAGCCAUAAACUCUGAUGUGUGUGAACUUGUCAGUGGCAACUGUAGCUGCAGCUCCAACUUUGGAGGCAGGACAUGUGAUCGCUGUGGAGAUGGAUACUACGACUUUCCUCAGUGCAAAUACUGCCAGUGUGACGUGCGAGGGACAGAGCCUGGCAUUUGUGACAAAUCCAAUGGGACAUGUCUGUGCAAGGUCGGCUAUGGUGGGCCUCGCUGUGACCAGUGUAUACCGGGUUACAAUGGCUAUCCAGACUGCAAGCCCUGUGGCUGCAGUGAUGUUGGUAGUGUAUCCAAAGUCUGUGACAUCUUAGGCAAAUGUCCUUGUGUCUUCAACUUCGCUGGGAAGACUUGUGAGCAGUGCAGUCCUGGGUACUAUAAAUAUCCUGAGUGUCUAGCCUGUGAGUGUGACUCAUAUGGUUCAAUUGGAGUGUCUUGUGAUAACGAAGGGAAAUGCCAGUGUAAACCCUCAUUCGAUGGGGAACGAUGUGACCAGUGCAAGGAAGGACUUUACAACUUUCCUCUUUGUGAAGAAUGCAACUGUAAUCCGGCCGGUGUGUUGGCAAAUUUUUCGGGCUGUGGCUCACUCCCUGCAGGCGAGCUAUGUGAAUGUAAGCCUCGUGUAACAGGCCGCAUCUGUGACACAUGUCGUCCACUUUACCACAAUCUGUCGCCCUACAACCCUGACGGUUGUGAAGACUGUAAUUGUCAUAUGGCUGGAGUAGUGGGUUCCAUUGCCGAAUGUAAUCCCAAGUCUGGCCAGUGUGUGUGCAAACCUUCCGUAGAGUCCAGGCGCUGUGACUCGUGUAUUCCAGGGACCUAUGAUCUCAGACAGGAUAACGUCUUCGGUUGCACAGACUGUGGCUGUGAUGUGGGAGGUUCGGUGACCAGGGCCUGUAACAAGGAGACAGGUCAGUGUAUCUGUCACCCUAGAGUGACAGGUCGAACUUGCAAGGAACCUCUACAGACCCACUACUUUCCCACGCUGCACCAGUUUCUGUAUGAGGUUGAGGAUGGUACGACGCCAGCUCGCACACCUGUCCGCUACCGCUAUGAUGAGGACAUUUUUCCUGGCUUCUCUUGGAAAGGUUAUGCAGUCUUUUCCCCAAUCCAGAAUGAGGUGAUUAGAGAUGAUGUCUACAUUGUGAAGCCCUCUCUGUAUCGCAUGGUGUUGCGUUACGUGAAUCGCAAUGUGGAGACAGUCUCAGGACAGAUCAAGAUUACCCCGGACAGUCAGAGUGACACCGAGCAGACAUUCACUGUAGCGUUCAAGCCCACGCACUCUCCUGCGUUCGUCACGGUAUCAGGGGCUGGCAAUGGCAUUCCUUCACCACUCGUGAUGAACCCAGGCCAAUGGACUGUUUCUAUCAAGAGCCAGAAGAACCUGUUCUUGGACUACUUUGUUCUACUGCCAGGAGCCUUCUAUGAAGCAGCUAUCUUGGUGAAUCAAGUGACCAUGCCAUGCAGAUUAGGAGAAAACAACUAUUGCCGCUACUUCAGCUAUCCAAACCUCACCUCUUUUGAUCAAGUGCAAGGAGAAGGUGCUUAUGUUGUCGAUGGAGAUGCCAGAGAAACUUUUGUAGAUUCCUACUCUCUAAACGAUACAGAGCCGAGUGUGUCACCACAUCACAAGAUACCAGCGCUGACAGCAGGACAGCCGGAGCUGUAUUUCGACCUGCGCGUGACCAAACCUGGACCACAUGUGGUGCUGGUGAACUAUGUGACUCCAAUGGCGCAACGCUCCAGUGCACAAGUGGAAGUAGAGGCACGCACACAAACAGAGCGGGAACGUGGUACAACUACUUUCUACCCCUGUGACUACACCAUUGUAUGCCGACAUGUCGUGUUAGACUCACUUGGCAGGGUGGCUCACUUCAACUUUGAUUCCAACUUCGUCAGCCUUGUACUCAAGGGAAUGGGUGAUAUGAAUGUAGCAAUAGAAUCAGUGGUGGCUGUACCCGAGGAAGCUUGGAAUCUGGACUACAUCAAGCCCAAACCUGUGUGCGUCAGGAAGGAUGGGAAAUGUGUACAGGCCACAUUUCAUACCCCAGCGGAAGCCAAGAAGAUUGAGUUUGAGGAAGGGAAUGACGAGCAGUUUGCGAAGGAGCUACCAGCCCAUAUAUAUAGCAACACAACAGGUCUUAUCAUACUGCGUGGUGACGACAAUGUAGCGGAUGUUACAGGCAAGGUGCCUUCACCAGGUGUCUAUCAGUUUGUCAUCCAUUACUACCAGCCCAACUACCCAGAAUUUGAGAUGGAUGUGAUACUCCAGAAUGGGCAGUUCUACGAAGCCAAGCUGCCUCUGACCCACUGUCCAGCCACCUCUGGCUGUCGAGCCCUUGUGCAGCAGACAGAUGGCAACACAGAAUUUCAGCUUACAGAAAACUUUGUACUAACCUUAAAGGCUCCAGUAGGGAAGACUGUGUGGCUAGACCAUGUGUUAGUAUUGCCGCGGGACACUAACAUGGAGCGAGUGACACAGGAGGAACCUCUAGAUCAAACCGCAGAGUUUAUCUCUCAGUGUGGCAAGGACAGCUUUUACAUCGAUGAACACACCUCAGGAUUCUGCCGAGAUGCCGUGUUCUCUCUGACCUCAGCUUACAACAACGGAGCUCUGCCUUGUCAAUGUGACUUUGAUGGUUCUUUGAGCUUUGAGUGUGAACAGUUUGGUGGACAGUGUCCCUGCAAACCUAACGUGAUCGGUCGUAGGUGUGAAGCAUGCCAGACAGGCUACUUUGGGUUCCCGGACUGCAAAUCUUGCAAUUGCCCUUCUACUGCCAUUUGCACCUACACUGGAGAGUGCGUGUGUCCACCACGAGUAACUGGAGAGCUGUGUGAUCAAUGCGAGGAAUACACGUACGGUUACGAUCCCAUAAUUGGUUGUGAGGCGUGCAACUGUAAUCCGCUGGGUGUGGAGGGUAAUCUACAGUGUGACACUCUCACUGGCUCUUGUCCCUGCAAACCUAAUGUGGUGGGCCGUACUUGUGACCGGUGCCAGUCAGGCCACUGGCAAUUUCCCUAUUGUCAGACCUGUGACUGCGACCUACGUGGAACAACUCAAGAGAUUUGUGAUCAGGAUUCCGCAGAAUGUUUCUGUAAAGUAAAUGUUUACGGGCAAGCAUGUGAUCUGUGCAAAGAUGGGACUUUCAACAUCCAAGAAAAGAAUGAGGAAGGGUGUACACGAUGUUUCUGUUUUGGAAAAACUACCUUAUGCAUUGGUUCUUCACUUUAUAAAGAUAAGAUAGUAGAGGCUGAAGGGUGGAAGCUGAGUGUGGCCACACUGGGAAAGGUGAUAACACUGGAAGACACUAAUGUCAAUGUGGAGAUGAUCAGUUCUGAGAACCUUGGAGCUGACUUGACUAACGAAGUAUUCCGCAAUAGAACAGUCUAUUUCUCUGCCCCUUCGGCAUAUCUGGGCAAGAGGCUUACUUCUUAUGGUGGGGCUCUCAACUACUCCAUAUUCUACACACCUGGACCCUUUGGAAGGGCAAUGGAAGGACCUGAUGUAAUUAUCCAUGGAGCAGACAUCUACCUCCUGUACUACUCACUGGAACAACCGGCAGCCACUGAGACCUAUGCAGCCACCCUAGACAUCGUGGAGAGCAACUUUGUGUUGCCGUCUGGCCUGCAGACAACAAGGGAGCAGAUCAUGCAGGUGCUGGAGAGAGUACAAGGCAUUUACAUCCGAGCCACAUACUGGGAGGACAGUGUUACCACAAGAUUAAUGAGAUUCAGUCUGGAUUCUGCAUCAGAUCAAUACAAUCCAGAGUCCGGAUUUGCAUUGGCAGUAGAGAAAUGUUCGUGUCCUCCUGCUUACCAGGGGUUAUCGUGCGAAGAGUGCGCAGAUGGUUACUAUCGUGCUGCCACAGGUCCCUACGGAGGUUUCUGUGUUCCUUGUCAGUGCAACGGCCAUGCCACCACUUGCGACAAGAUCACAGGAUUGUGCUUGAAUUGCAAACAUAACACAACUGGGGAACACUGUGAGAAGUGUGAGGUUGGCUACCAUGGCAAUGCGACUACAGGGACUCCCUAUGACUGUCUUAUCUGUGCCUGUCCCUUACCCAUUCCCUCAAACAAUUUUGCAACAUCCUGUGAGCUGAAUGAUGAAGGGGACAAGAUCAGUUGUGAGUGUAUUCCUGGAUACUUCGGACCCCGUUGUGACUCCUGUGCAACUGGUUUCUACGGCAGACCAGAGCAGCCAGGUGACUACUGCAAGCCAUGCGAAUGCUCUGGCAAUAUUGACCCAACUGAUCCAAAGUCCUGUGAUACCAUCACUGGCAACUGUACCCGCUGCCUGCAUAAUACCUUUGGCAGUCUGUGCGAGAUUUGUCGUCCUGGCUACUAUGGCGAUGCCAAGUUGCGUGAUUGUCAGAGUUGUGUGUGUGACCGGUGUGGCACAGGCGAGUGUGACCAUGGGACUGGACGCUGUCAGUGUCUGCCCAACGUGGUCGGGGAGAAAUGUGACCGCUGUGAGGACAAGCAUUAUGGUUUCUCCACAUGUCAGGGAUGCAAGGCCUGUGACUGCCAGCUGGCCUCUGAGAGUCUUCAGUGUGACGAUAUUUCUGGCCAGUGUCGGUGCAAACCUGGUGUAGUCGGUCGCAACUGUGAUAGAUGUUCUUCAGGUUACUGGCAGUAUAGUGCACAGGGUUGUGUUUCAUGCGGGUGCAACUCUGAGUACAGUAUUGGUGUGGGCUGUAACGCAGAGACGGGUCAGUGCGAGUGUCUACCAGGUGUGGUGGGUGAGAAGUGUGACCACUGUCCUCCACGCUGGGUGCUUAUCCCUGAUGAGGGCUGUUUCAAAUGUGAGACUUGUCACCACGCUCUGCUUGAUGUCACCGAUGAGAUGGAGCGCAGACUGAGCCCUAUCAGUGUUGAGUUUGAGACUGUAGCAGCAAGCUACUUCACCACGCAGCGACUUAAGUACUUCAACGACAGUGUAAAUCAACUCAGACCUGACGUGGAUGCUCUAGUUUCCAACCAAGUGGAUAUCUCUCCGGUUACAAACAAGGUCAAGGACAUCGAAAGCGAGGCUCGCAGCCUCAAUAGGCAGGCCCAGUAUAAGAAGGAAGAUGCCCAAAAUAGAGAAGGAGGUAAAGUGAAGCAGGAGGCUCAAGAGGUGGAGGCACUGAUCAUGGACACUGUUCGACAGUCAAAGGCUAUUGUCACAGAGAUCCAGGACCUGGCAGUCAGUCUGGAACUGGGCUCAGGUCCUCAGGUGGACCAAGCACUAGAUGAGGCAAAACGUAUCCUCGAGGAAAUUUCCCAGGUCGAUUCUAGCAACAUGGAGCUGGAGGCACAGCAGGGACGGGACAAAGCUGCGGAUUUGCUGGAAAAAAUGAAAAUCUUCGCUGGACCUCCAGAUAAUAUGACUGAGGCACUGGAGGCUCUCCGGGACCGCAUCUUCCAGCUGGACUUGAAGCUCAAUGACCUGCUAAACCACACCCAGGAGGCACAGGACAAUGCUCAGAAGGUGGAGGCCCUCAACAACAAAAAUAGGAACUCCAGCUUGACUUCUCGUGUCAACAAUGUUAAAUAUCUAACCAAAGAUACCAACCUCACACUAAGUGACGCCAAGGAGUUAGUGCAGAAUGCUUCUGCUCUUUUGGACAAAGCCAAGGCAGCCUUCGUGGACCUUCCCUUAGAACGGGACGAUCUGCAAAAUGCAAGAAACAGACUAAUUGAGAAAACAUCCAUGCAGGAUGAUGAACUAGCUGUCAUACAAGAUGUUGUCCAGCAAGCAGCAAACCAUGCAGACCAGCUGGCUGCACAAGCUGCUAUGUUGGAUGGCAUGUUGACAGACACACGAGAUUCUGCGGACAGUGCAAUUCAAGCUGCAAAUGCAUAUGGCAACAUUGUUGUUGCCAUUGAAAACGCAAGUAGGGCUGCUGAUGAUGCAAUUGUAGCUUCUAACAAUGCAGUGUUUAAGUCUGCCGGAAUAGCCAACCAGAGUGAGGAUAUUAACAGGAGAAACAGUGAGCUACUGGACCAGGUGUACCGGGCAGAGGAGGAAGUGCAGGCUUUGGAACGGCCGGGAGCACAGCUGCCCAUGACUCUGGAAGACAUCAAGCAUGUGGCUAGCCUCAACUCAUAUAUCAAUCACACUUACAAUCAAAUACAGAGAGGACUACAAAACAUCCCAAAGGUGGACCUGGAGGGGAUUUACAACACUGCAAGUCUGGACGAGGUGACAGAUGAUGCCAAGAGUGCACUUGAAGAAAUCAAAGAGUAUGCAGAGGACCUCCCACUGAAGUUGCAGACUGCAAAGCAACUCCACAAAGACAACCAACAUGCAAUUGAAAACGUUCAAACAGCUAACAAAGAAUUGGAGAAGGUAAACAAUAUACUGCCAGAUAUUGUAGGACUGGUGGAGCAGUUAAAAGCUCAGCCGCAGGAGUUGACACAAAUGGGCGAUUUGAUCAGAAAAGACCUAGAGCACCUGAAGACCAGGAUAGCAAUGGCUCGGGACAUCGCUAACAAGAUAAAAGUAGGAGUGACCUUCUUCCGAAACACAACAUUGGAAUUGCGGAACCCUGAGAGUAUCUCCCAUCAAGGGUUGAACUCACACAUUUCCACGUACUUCAAGACCCAAGAACCGAAUGGGCUGAUCUUGUAUCUGGGCAAUGAGAAAGGCACUAGCCGCAAAAUGAGGAGGUCUAAUUCGGAUGACUUCAUGGCUCUUCAGCUGGAGAAUGGAUACCCAGUGUUGACCAUAGAUUUGGGCUCAGGGCCUGAGCAGAUCAACAAUAACAAGUUUGUCUCAGAUAACAACUGGUACCAGGCAAUCAUAGACAGGACAGGGAAGAGUGUCAAGUUCACUAUAAGAGAGCAAGUUAGCUCAGAAAAUAUCCAAGAACACUCUGUGGAACAUGUCCUGAAAGGAACAUCUACUCUCCUCAAUUUGGACAAGGAGCACUCCAAACUGUUUGUUGGUGGCUUCCCAGUGACCUUUGAUGUCCAGCCUUCGCUCAAGUACACGUCCUUUGAAGGUCAGAUGGAGGAGUUGGUCAUUGGAGACUCUCAGGUGGGGCUCUGGAACUUCGAGGACGCUGCCAACCUUGACACUGGAGCUCAAGAAAGAGAUCAGCUGGUGAACAUCUCAAUGACAACUGGUUAUCGCUUCACUGGUGAGGGUUUUGUAACUGUAGACGGCCAGACGUACGGAGUGAAGAAACGAUCUGACAUCAAAAUGUCAUUCAAGACGUUUGCUGAAGAUGGUCUGAUGUUCGUGGCACAUGGCAGUAGGAGUCCUGCCAAGCGAGAUGUAUCCACUGGACACAAGAUGUCCCUUGAAAUGAAGGGAGGUCGAGUUGUUUAUCAGUACAAUCUUGGAGGAGAGACUGUAGUGCUAGUUUCUGACAGUCAGUAUAAUGACGGUAAAUGGCACACUGCAUCAGCAACCAGGCUUGGGGCCCAGGGAGUACUAGUGUUGGACUCCAACAAGGAGAUAAAGCAGUACAAACCAACUAGUCCUCAGCGUUUCACAGAGCUUGUGGUACAAAAGAACUUUUACUUUGGUGGUCUACCACGAGAUGUGAGUGUGGAGGGUGUGGCCAAUGUUGGGUUUGAUGGCUGCAUUGAUCAGGUCCAGAUCGGACAGACCAGUGUUGACCUUAGUGACAAUCUCAACUCCUUUGGUGUCAUUGCUGGCUGUCCAGUUAAGUUUGCUGGAGUGAUAUCAUUCGAAGAAGGUGCGAGAGGUUAUGCCCGAUGGCCCAAUGCUACGGCUCGAGACAAUGUCGUUCAGCUGAUACUUAAGAUCAAGACGGCUAGUGCCAAUGGGCUCAUCGCCUAUGCUGUGGAUGGCAGUGCGUCUGCCUCUCUACAGCUGGUUGAUGGAAAUAUUGUCUUCAGAAGUGGAGGACAGGAGGUGUCCACGAGCCCCACCACGAAGUAUAACGACAGUCAGUGGCAUGUCAUUGUGGCCACGUCUCAGACAAACGAGCCUCUUCUGCUGGACAUUGACGACUUUGACAACUUCAGAUCUGCAGGACCUGCUGUAGCUAUGAGGCUACUGUACAGCAACCUGUAUUUUGGCGGUGUACCAUCACGUGUGGAUGCGGCACUAGCACUCCAACCACAGUUCUCGGGCUGUAUUGGUGACGCAACUCUGAAUGGAGUUGUCAUCAACUUUGCCAACCUCACCGACACAUCACAGGCUAUUGUCGGGAAGUGCCUGCUGGACGAAGAGCUUAAGCCACCCUUCUCUGUUUCUCCUGACCGAGGUGUGCUGCCAAUCACAGGAGAGCCAGAUUUGCCUGAACCUGUCAAACCUUCAGAGGAAGAAGGGGAAGAUGUUAUGGACCCUGAGGAGGUAUCUGAUUCACCAAUUUUCGUAGUGGACAGACUAGAGCCGGAGGAGGUGACAACACCUCCCACACCAGCCCCCACCCCUGUACCCAACUGUAAACUCCCUCUGUACCCAGCCUCGGACCCUGCAGUCACUCCUAGUAGCGGACUUAGGUUUGGUACCAAAUUUGGCAGUCGACUGGAAUAUGGACCACUCCCGGGUCGACUCAGGAAUAAAUUUGAAUUCUCCAUCAAUAUCAAGACAGUGUCAACUGAGGGAAUUAUCCUGUAUGUCCAUGAUAGCAAGCACAUCGACUUCAUAGCUCUCUAUCUCAAGGAUGGACGGGUUCACUACGGGUACAACUGUGGAUCGGGAGCUGCACUACUAGAGAGUGACCUGUCUGUCAAUGAUGGUGAGUGGCACAACGUCAGGUUCUCUCGGGUUCAGACCUCCGGGAAGCUCAUCAUUGAUGAUGUGUUAAUACGAGAGGGUGAGUCCCGUGGCAGCACCAAGACCAUCAAUGUCAUGCCGCCCCUCUAUUUGGGUGGCAUCGACCCUCGCAUCUCCGACAACACCAAAACUAACCUCAUGGGUCUCAACAACACGUUUGAAGGUUGCCUAAAAGACUUUACACUCAACGACAAACCAGUGAUCUCUCCUUCCAAGUCCAUCGGUGUUAUUCCCUGCUCAGAUAAUGUAGAGGCUGGAGCCUUCUUCUCUGCUGCUGGAGGUUACAUCAAAUUUUCUGACAGGUUCCGGGUGGGUGUGGAGAUAGACAUCAAGCUAGAGAUUAAGCCUCGAGAUCUGUCAGGAGUCCUAGUAUCUGUCCAUUCCAAGCGGGACUAUCUGCUGCUACAGAUGGUGGAUGGGACAGUGCGCUUCAGUGUGGACAACGGCAAGGGGGAGAUCUGGGCUGCAUACACACCCCCCACCCCACACUACUUCUGUGAUGGUCAAUGGCACAACAUCCAGGCUGUCAAGUCCAAGAACGUGGUGAGCCUGUCUGUGGACAAAACGUUCGUGAAUCCUGGCAUCGGUAUCUCACACUCCACCGAUACCAAGAAUCCUCUAUUCAUUGGAGGACAUCCUCACAAAGUGAAAGGUAUGCGUGGGCUGCUCACCCAUGCCCAGUUCACAGGUUGCAUCCGCAACCUUGAGAUCAAUGGUCGUCAAGAGGCUCUCAGCCAUCUGCCUACCUUUGGCAACGUGACUCAAUCCGUCUGUCCAACCAUUUAAUCAUAUAUACUGUAAAAUACUACAGUUUUUUAUAACUUUAUAAGUUUUUAAUUGAUUUAAUAAAUAAAUAUUCUACAUCAA